UCAUGUUCUACCUUACACGCACUCCACUCUCUUCCUUCUCAUCACGCCUUCUCUCUUCUCCUUCGCCUUUUCUGUCGAAGAAAUUUUCUCGGAAAAUCUUCGAAUCCGAUUCGAUUUUUCUGCCGAUUUCAAGUUGGUGCAUUUGUUUGUUUGUUUUUAAUUUUUCCGGGAACAUUCGGGUCGGGAUUUUUUUUUUUGGACUGUUUCGCCGGAAGAGGAAGAUUCGAUGGGGGUCGAUUACUACAAUGUCCUGAAGGUGAAUCGCAAUGCGAGCGACGAUGAUCUGAAGAAAUCGUACCGGAGAUUGGCGAUGAAAUGGCACCCAGACAAAAACCCCAACAGCAAGAAAGAAGCGGAGACCAAAUUCAAGCAGAUCUCCGAGGCUUACGACGUGCUCAGCGACCCUCAGAAGCGCCAGAUCUACGAUCGAUACGGCGAGGAGGGGCUUAAGACCGCCGAGCUCCCCACCGCAGCUGAGACGGCGGCGCAACAUCGGAGUUACUCGUCUGGUAAUGCCGGGUUCCGGUAUUAUCCGCGGGACGCGGAGGAUAUCUUCACGGAGUUUUUCGGCGCUUCGGGAGCUGCGUUCGGCGGAGUGGGCAGUGUCGGCAGCGGCGGAGGAGGAGGGGGAAGCGGGAGGACCCGCGGAGGAGGAGGCGGCGGCGGCGGAUUCAGAAGUGCGGAGGCUGGGAGUCAGGCGAACAGGAAAGCUCCGGCCAUCGAGAGCAAAUUGGCUUGUACCUUGGAGGAGUUGUACAAGGGUGGGAAGAGAAAGAUGCGGAUUUCUCGCGUUGUUCCCGAUGAUUUUGGAAAGCCAAAGACUGUGGAGGAGAUCUUGAAGAUAGACAUAAAGCCGGGCUGGAAAAAGGGCACGAAGAUAACUUUCCCGGAGAAAGGCAAUCACGAACCCGGAUUCACUCCAGCUGAUCUCAUAUUCGUGAUAGAUGAGAAACCCCACUCGGUAUACAAAAGAGAUGGGAACGAUCUGAUCGUGGAAAGAAACGUCACUCUCCUGGAAGCACUAACCGGUUUCACCCUUACCCUAACAACACUGGACGGGAGAAACCUGACCAUCCCGGUUCUUGAUAUCGUGAAACCAGGUCGAGAGAUCGUCAUCCCUAACGAAGGAAUGCCCAUCUCCAAAGACCCCUCCAAGAAAGGAGACCUCAAGAUCAACUUCGAGAUCGUGUUUCCGUCGAGGCUAACGGCAGAACAGAAGUCAGAUCUGAAGAGAGUGCUCGGUGGGAAGGAUGACAACUAAGCUUCUCCAGGCAAAAGUCUCUCCAGAUUCAGCAUUUGACACAGACAGCUCGAUUCGGGUCAGUGUACAUACAUCUAUAUAUACAUACAUACAUCGAGAUUCACUUCUUGUUUAUCGAAGGGGCUGCUGCCAAGAACAAAUGAAGAAAGUUUGGACUUUUGGAUUCGUGUACGUAUUCUUUCGAAUAAGGAGAAAACUUGUGUCUCAAGGCAAAGACAGAAAGUGGAAAAGAGCAGCCCCCUUUCGAUGUGUUGUACUAUGGAUGCUUCCAACUAUAUGUUGUAUUAUGGAUUUUUUUUUUAUAAAUGUUUACACAAUA